AUGUCCGAAUCUCUCAACGUGAUAGCCUUGGUAUCAGGUGGAAAGGACAGUUUCUUCUCAAUAUUACAUUGCAUUCAGCAUGGACAUAAAAUCGUCGCUCUAGGAAAUCUUCACCCACCUCUCACGGAGCCACAAACGGAAGAAAGCGAUGGUAUUCACAAGGAUGAAAAUGACCUUAAUAGUUUUAUGUAUCAGACUGUAGGGCAUACCAUUAUACCAUUGUAUGAAGAGGCUCUUGGUAUUCCAUUAUACCGACAGGCUAUUGUUGGCAGUGCUGUUCAAACGGGGACAAGUUAUGAUCAUGCGGAUCUCACGAGUUCUGGUGCCGAAGAAUGGGUAGAAAAGAAGAAUAACACGGAUGGGGAUGAGACGGAGUCUUUGGUUCCUUUGUUACAAAGAAUUAAAGAUGCGCAUCCCGAAGCAAAUGCUCUUAGUACAGGUGCAAUACUAUCUACAUAUCAACGAACACGCGUGGAAUCUGUGGCAAUACGAUUGGGACUCGUGCCUCUUUCGUUCUUGUGGCAGUAUCCGAUUCUUCCACCUGGUAUGCAGAUUUCUCUUCUACAAGAUAUGCAAGCCGUGGGAUUGGAUGCGAGGAUUAUCAAGGUGGCAAGUGGUGGACUCGAUGAGAGUUUUUUGUGGGAAAAUGUUGCGAGUGAGAAGGGGAUGCGGAGAGUGGAGAGAGCCAUGAAAAGAUUCAGUAUUGAUGGUGAUGGAGCUGUGUUAGGUGAGGGCGGAGAGUUUGAAACUCUGGUUGUGGAUGGACCGAGUUGGUUAUUCAAAAAGAGAAUACUAGUGGAGACAGAAGACACGAGGAUCGUGAGAGAAGGUGGAGGAUCUGCAUGGAUACAGAUAAGUAAGGCUUCUUUAGUGGAUAAAGAAAGCAUUGAGAGCAAGGAAAUCUCGUGUAGGGUACCAGCACUGCUUGACCAGAGAUCUUCGGAAAUCCUAUCUGCGUUGGACAAAAAUGAUCAUUCCUACGACCUUUCCACGUCAAGCACACCGGGUAGCGGAUCAUUGGCAUCGCCAACGUGGGAGCUCAAACCUUCGAGUAAUAACGGCAUCGAAGGCGGCAACAUGAUACAUUGGACAAUUAUACCAGAAAGUGCCCCCUGUUCAUCGAUAUUAGACGAAGCCAAAAGUGUUGUGGAAUCCAUAAAAGCGCGACUUAAUCAAGCAUCGUUGAAAACCACCGACAUCGUUUCGACCAUGAUUAUGCUACGCUCAAUGGAAGAUUUUACAACAAUCAACAAGAUCUACGGCACUCUCUUCCCUCAUCCCAAUCCACCAUCUCGCGUAACCAUCUCUUGCGGGUCCUCGAUGCCCCUAAACACAUCUCUAAUAAUUCAUCUCACACUGCAUAUUCCCUCAGCUACCUCGUCGCCCCGCAAAGCUCUACACGUACAAUCGCGUUCUUACUGGGCCCCCGCCAACAUCGGACCAUACUCCCAAGCCAGUUCACUCCCCUCGUCGCUCUCCUCCUCCCAAACCCUCACCAUCGCCGGGCAAAUCCCUCUCAUCCCCCACAAUAUGCUUCUCCCCACCUCAUCACCCUCAUCCUCACUCCCCUUCCACAUGUCCACCAUUCUCUCCCUCCAACAUCUCCUCCGCAUCGCAGACGCCACAUCCAUCAAAUGGUUCACCAGCGCCUGCAUCUACAUUCCCACCUCUUCCCCCUCCCCCUCCUCCGCAUCCAUCCUCUCAAAAAUCGCCUACCAAGCCUGGAAACACAUCCACGCCCUCCCACCCCAAGAUUCCGACCACGAUUCCGACGCCGAACCGCGCGAUCUCUGGGAAGAAAAGUUCCGCUACUCCAACACCGCCCCCCUAUCAACCGAACACACGACAACCGCAUAUCCCGCCCACGAUAUCCUGCAAACGGAUGCCCCUACGAUCCCACCUUUCUGGACCGCGGAGGUGGAUUCCCUGCCUCGCGGAAGCGAGGUAGAAUGGCAUGCGCAUGUGGGCGUAAAUAAUAUAGAGACGCAUGAGCACCGCGACAAUUCGCUCACGACUUCUUCUACGCGUCAUACUGUUCUUACUUUCCCUUAUGAUGCUAUUCCUGCGUCUGAUGAUCUUAAAGAUGACUAUAGUAAUCGCGGGUUGAUUCAUUUGGUUUAUGUGGAUACAUCGCUUGUCGAUGUGAAUAAACUUUUAAGUGCAGGGUGGGAGGGUAAAGGAGUGAUACCUUGCAAGAGUCUAUGGGAUGGCGAGGGGAGAAGAUUGAGUACUGUGAUUGUAUUCUGGGGAGAUGCGAGGUAG